AUGUCCUGUGUCACAGAGGAUCGUGUUUCAGCGGCUCGGGAAGCUAUCGCCCGGCUGGAGAAGCGGAUUAACCAGUUCGAAAAAGCCCAGAAGUCGCGUCAAGACCUCGCGGCUGCGCUCGCAGCGCUUCAACAGGAGAGAGACAGUCUGGCGGUCCAAACGGAUGAAUUGCUCGGCCAGCUUGGCGAGCAUUUCAUGGAGGUCACCGAUCUACGGGCCGAACGGGAUCAGGCGCAAGAGAGGUUGUCUAACAUCGCUUCUCUACCCCAUUCGGCCCCGAGUCACAAACGAGCACGCUCUGAGUCCGAUUCUCCAGCCCGGCCUGCUCGCGUCUCCAAAGCCGCUCGAUCGGCUUCAGGUCCCUUCCCUGCUAGCGCUUUGAGUCAGGGCCCUACGUCUAGGUCCUCGAUUGAGGUGUUGUCUGCUGUAGCUUCCGACCAGAAGGCUGAGGAGCCGGUGUCGUCUCCUUCGUUCGCUGGUCUUCCUGAUCAUCCUCCUCGAUCUGCUUGCUCGAUCGACCACCCCGGGUGGCAGCAGAGGCGCUUCGUCCCCUCCUGCAGCGUCCGAGCCGGGCGCGCUUUCCGACGAUAG